UCUCAAAUAUCCAGAUGGGUGCGCCAUCUAAGUCAGUUAAAACAGUCUCGUGAAAAGUUGCCGAGCCCCACUUCUUGUCUGAACGUCUGCCAGUGAAGACCGGGAGGGAACCAACAACCACCACACAAAAUGAGCGACCUCAGCAAGAACGACAUCGAAAGGGCAUCCUUCGCCUACUCCAUCUACGACUUCGACGGUAGCGGCAAAAUUGACGCUUACAACCUCGGCGAUGUCCUGAGGGCGCUCAACUCCAACCCCACAUUGGCCACCAUCGAGAAACUCGGCGGCACCAAGAAGAAGGGCGAGAAGACGCUUACCCUCGAAGAGUUCCUUCCCAUCUACAGCCAAGUGAAGAAAGACAAAGACCAGGGUGUCUACGAGGACUUCCUGGAGUGUCUGAAGCUGUACGACAAGAACGAGAAUGGUCUGAUGCUUGGCGCUGAGCUCACACACACGCUUAUGGCGUUAGGUGAGAAACUCGACGACAAAGAAGUCGAUGAGGUCGUCAAAGACUGCAUGGACCCUGAAGAUGAUGACGGCAUGAUCCCCUAUGCGCCAUUCCUGAAGAAGGUGAUGUCGUAGAAGAACUCAUCUCGUCAUAUCUUUAGAUAUAAGAUCCGUUCCUUCGGAAAAUGUGCGACGGGUGGGGCGCUAAAACAGAGGAGGCAGAGGCGCCCGCGGAGGGCUAGAGGGCUCGCGUGGCUGCGCGCGGGCCGGACGCCCGGGUGCGGCUGCCGACACGACCCGUCCACAUCCCGUAUACACCAUCUUAGAUACGGACUACCCCUUUUUAUACUUUACUACUACAACGCCAAUAAUUGUACAACGCAACCAUCACAAUGACUGUACAUACUAAAGUAAGAUUAAAAACUGUAAAACACACGUUGUACGUGUCUUUUAAAUUAUUAUUAUAUAUUAAGUACGUUUAUAAUGACAAAAAUACAAAAAUACCGUGAAUUAUUUUAUAAUAAACUGUUAAAAUUUUCAA